AAUUUUUCAGUUUGUGUUGAUGGCUUUUGGUUAAUAUGGAUGAGGAAGAAGCUCAUAAUCACUUCGACGAAUCUCACCCGGGCGAAUUGGGAGAAGAAGGCAUCAAUGAAGAUGACGAGGAAAAUGAAGACGAAGAUACAUUAGCAAAUGUAGAAGAGAUGCAGAAUGAGGAGGAAGGGGAGGAGGGAUACUCGGAUGCUCUUGAGGAGUUCCGGUCUCUACAGGCGCUGUGGGACAACGACCAGGAGCCAGACAAUCUCGCUGACACUCUAAGACGGAUGUCUGAGUUGGUGGAGCAGGAAGUGUGUGAAUAUUACAAACUAGACCCAGACCCAUUCGACGACAGACAGCCCGAUGAGCAAAAUGCGGAGUAUUCGACAAGUCCAUUUGGAAGAAUCAUGUCAGAAAUUGAUGAACUGUACAUCGAAAAGCUGAUAGACAUGUACAUUCUGCCCCCGUCCAGUGAGAGGGAGGGGGAGAGUAGGGUGACAUUGGGACUGACCUGCAGACUGCUCUACAACAUACUCCCUGCCUCCAUAUCCUUCACAUUCGAAAGCGACAACAUGCGAGAGACGGGUAGUCUUCUGGAGAAGUUGAUCAGUGUAGCGAGGGAGACGAACUACGAAGGAGACAGUGACAACCUGAAGUAUUAUGUGUUGGCUCUCCUCGCUCAGGGAUCAUCUGUCGAGUGUCCAUUUAGCAACUCCUCAAACCACGCCCCCUUUGAACAACUGGCUUCAUCUGCUCUACGACAAUUGCACAAGUUGAAAGAGGAGACGAAAAGAGAGAUGUGUGCUAGGCUGAAUGAGAACGAAAGACCAUUCGCCCAUCUCUCUCGCUCUCCCACGAGACAGGCGAAUCACACGAAUGUCGCGACCACUACUCGGAACAUCUUGGGACCUGUCGGCACUAGUGCGAAUACAACUGCGACACCCAUGAGUUCAAAAUCAACCUCGGCUGUAGCUGGUAGCAGCAGAAAUCAAACUACACCAACUCCUGGGAAAGGAAGUAAUAAAAGGCCUCUGUCUACUCCUGGCAACGGCCAAGACGGCUCAGUGCGUAAAAAGACCAGAAGACUCUCACCCACUAACAAUAUCGAAGAGCAACUGAAGCCCACCAGCUUAACACCUGAGGAAUCCAGUGUGGUGAAGACAUCUGCUGAGGCAGGAGAUAAUAGUAACAGCUGGGCGGAUGUUGGGCAAUUUUACAUUGGCACCUACUCUUUGGAGCCUCUGACCAUAACUAUGAAGCAGCGGAUCCUGCUGCAGUUUCUGACCCCACUCGCGGAGUAUCAGGAGCUCUUGUCCAUAUUUCUGGAGGAGCAGAGUCUGGAGCUGAUCGAUUUCUACCUGGAGGUCAAUCUGCACAAGGAUAUCCGACUCACUUUCGAAGCACUCAGGUUUCUGUCUGGCCUGCUGUGUCACCGGAGACUGGCGGCCAAGUUCGUGUUGAACUCGGAGGGGCUGAGGGGACUGGUGAGUGUGGUGAGACCCAGUGUGGCUGCCACUGCUGUGUCCAUGUGUCUCUUCUACAUCGCCUGCUGCAGAGACGUAUUCGAGAGGGCACUCCCACAACUCAACCCAAAUCUACUCAGAGAAGUAUGUCGCUAUGGUCUGUGGUUGCUGGAGUGUUGUGCCCACGAGAGUGGAAGGUGCCAUGCGACCAUGUUCUUCGCAGAGAUAUUCCCCUUCAGAUGUCUGCUGGAGACAUUCGACCAAAUGGAUGGACUCAGAACACUGCACAACUCUAUCACAACUCUGGAGAUAUUCAAUAAUAUCAUAGCUAGUGCAGCAGUCACUUCGUCUGAGUACAGUUCUCAUCUUACCACGCCCGAGGGGGGACCGAGCAGUAGGCGUGCAGCAGUGACGCCACCAGCAUCAGCUGGCAGACAACAGACAGUCACUCACAGGACACCAGGUCAUCAUUUCAACCACUCGGUGAUGGCCGACAGUUUCCUCUUAGGACCCGAGACUUCCGACGACCGAAGCGACUCUAUUCGACAAGCUAUAAAACACUACUGCGUCGCGCUCAGAAGUUAUUUUUCAAUGCAUCUCGCAAUCAAAGCAGACAACCUAAAGAAGACUCUAAAGCGGACUCCGUUGUAUCUACCUUUGCAAAGUCACAAAGCGGCCGAUAUCAACAGACGGAUAGAGCUGAAAAAUAUGUGGUUUUUGUUGGAAUUUGCGUCUGUGAAAGCGAAUUGGCCUGUAGUGGACCAAUUUGUGAAGCUGCAAGGUCUCCAAGUGUUGUUGCAGAUAUGCUACAUGGCACAAGAGUGGAAAUCGUACCAGUUCAGAGCCGAGACUCUUAGGAAUGCAUUGGAUGUCAUUGCGUGUAUAACUGCGCAUCCCAAGUACCAAGAGUUGCUAUGUCAGGCGAUCGAAGUGCCGGUGCACCAAGCGGACGACGAUGAAAUGGCUAGCCAGCCGAGUUUUGAGCAGAUUCAGGGCACCAAGAUUAUAUUGAAUCUAGUCGGAGGAGCUGCAGUGCAAGACGCAGAGGUGCAGAAAUCAGCGUUAAGAGUGAUAAUAAACUGUGCUUGUGGACCAUAUGGUAUUUUGUACACAGGCUUGCCAGGAGAUCAAGUGUUGGUUGGAAUGGGUCAUCCCAAAUUGACAGGGUAUCCUGCCAACCCAAGAGAUGAAAUUGUGGAAACGAUGUGGGGCAGUGUGCGUAACAACAAUGGCUUGCAGGUGCUAUUGUCGCUGGCGGUGACCAAGACCCCGCCCGCAGAUGCGGAACUGCUUCGCUCUCUGGCCUGUGUGGCUCUGUAUGGGUUGUGCCUGGACGACAGCAUCAAACAGAUCGUCAGUCGGAUGCCGCUCUUCUCACAAGGACUACUAGAAAUUGCCAUGCGGGAGCCACCUGUGCAGCCUGACAAACUGUUGGACCACCAGAAGUUUCAACACUGUGGCUCAGCAAUCAUAGACAGAGUUUUCAGCACCAGGAAGUACUAUCAUCCUCAUCCCUCUGGCGCCAGGAGCAUCGAGGAGCUGAAGCGGGCAGAGAUAGUAGCCCAGACCAGGAUAUCGUGGGACCCCAAGGAACUAAUCGCACUCAUCAGCGAACACCUUGACUUCUUAGGGUACUCCAAUUCUGCAAAAACCCUUUUCCACGAAGCAGAACUUGCUUCUUUCUACAAGACACAUAAAAUGAAGCCUAUCGUUUUGCACCCUAAACCCCGAAAUGCAGCCCGUCUAAGCGUGACAGUAGGCCAACCGGGUCAACCCAUGGAGAUAGUCCGACUCCCUUCCAGCCAAACCUCUUUACCUCUUCGUGCAGUAUCCCAUACCUCAUCUUUGACUCAACCUCAACGCAUAAUGUUCUCUAAUAUACUUGCGUCAUCACAGCAAUCAACUGUCGAGGUGAAUCGGCAAUCAGAAAUGUCGAACAAUAUCUCGACUGUCGCUAGUAGAGCAACAAACAGUCACCAUAGUUCAGUCACAGGGUCACCUAUGUUAUGGCCAUGUAGGUCCAGGAAUCACAACUUUGCCGGAUCACAUGGCGACAGCCACGCAGUGCCUUCAACUCCGGAAACCUACAAAUCAGUGAAACGCCAAAUCCAGCAAUCUAGGGGAAUAGUGCCCUCUGUACCGUCGCCAUUGGUAGUAAACUCCGUGUGCAAUUCGACUCAAAAUAGUCUCUCGGCGGUCGUAGAUCUGAACAUGAGUUUGGCGAGUGUGGCCAAUACAGAAGAUAAGAGUCUCUCGUUGCCCUGGAGAGCAUCACUGCCGAAUAAGAGCAGGACUCUGAACAACAUUGUCGAGAGCUAUUUGGAAUCGCAACAUGCCAAAUGCGAACGCCCAAUUGUGUUCUGUCCUCCGUUUUCUCUCAAAGAGCAGCACAAAUGCCCGGAGCCCCUCUACAAUACAUCUGCCCCACUUUCCGUUGCAAAGAGAAUGUUCCUUCGUAAAGUGCACGGAGGCAGUGGUUGGGGUGGCGGCAUGGACGGAAGCUCUAGUUCUUUUAACCGCAAACUGAUUCAUAGCCGUUUCCGACCAGUGAUGACUUUCUCGGAGGCCAACAUCGACAGGGGUUUCUUCACUUCCGUCUCAUUCUCAAAAUGUCGGUCGGACCUGUUCAUCGGCACUUCGAUGGGAGAGGUGAGGCGCUACUCCUGCUCCACUGAUGGCCAGGUGCCCAUGUGUUCGUUCGAGUGCCAUGACACAUCUAUUGCAGGGAUAGAUGUGACCACAUCCUCCAACCUACUCUUAACUACUGUGUCCUGGGGCAGUCCAGGCGCCACUCUCUGGAAACUGACAGAAGACAGGAAUUCAUGCUCAAAAGUAAUGGACUUUGAGAACGAGAUGUACUGUGAAUUCUCUAAAGUAAAUCAGGACCUCGUGAUUGGGAGCUACAAUGAAAAGGCAUUUGUGUACGAUAUAGCGAGUAAGACCCGCAUCCGCUCCUUGUUCCACCCGGGUUACUCUAACAACUACCUGAUGAACAUGGCCACAGGUAGCUACCACUCGAACAACCUAGUGCUGAAUGACGGAGUGCUGUGGGACACUAGACAGCCCAAUCCACUCCACAAGUUCGACAAGUUUAACGACUCAAUCGCAGGACAGUUCCACCCGAACACACUCCAGGUUGUUAUUAAUAGCGAAGUGUGGGAUUUGAGGACAUACAAGUUAGUGCAGACAGUUCCUGCACUAGAUCAAUGUCUGGUCUGGUUCAACAAUGCACACAAUGUCAUCUACAGUAGUGCCUUCACAGCUGUGGACGAUGACAGAUCUCUCACUAUGGCAUCCUGUAUCAAGACCAUAGACGCAUGCGACUACCAGACCAUAGCCACUCUGGACACGAAAAAGAAGGUGGGCGACGUGUCGAUUGAGCCGAGAGACCAGUACGUUGCAGUCAUCGAGAACGGAGGCGGCAACGGGGGCGUGUUUCUUCACGAGAGUGGCAUCUGCAAGAUAUACGAAGUGGGAGUGCCCAGAGAACCAGACCAGGAGGACGAGGAAAAUAGCGACAAUGAUGAUGAUGAGGACGAUGAUGAUGAUGAUGACGACGACGACGAUGAAGAUGAUGACGACGAUGAUGAAGCUGUAAUAUUUGAUGAGCUUCUCAAUCAUCAGAUGCAGAUGCCGCCACACAGAGGAAGUGGAUCGGGAAGCAACCGCGGGAAUGGGCCAUCAGGCGGAGCAUCGGGAAUAAACGCCGCGGGAUAUGAAGACGAAGAAGAUGACGAUGAAGAGGAUUCGGACAGUGAUAGUGAAUUUGACGACGGGGAUUUUUUUGAAGGGGAGUUUGAACCCGCCGGAGCUUUAGUCGAUGAGGACAGUUUAGGUUCAAUGAAUCAUGAAGACGAUGAAGAUGAAAACAGUCCGGAGUCUCUCCUGGACUUGGACCAAUGAAUGAACUUCUGACCUUUAAAACUAAGAGAUAUUUAUGGAGACUAAUUGAUUGGUAAUAACAACUUAAUGUUUUUUGUUGGCCUAGUCGGGGCGCUCGGAAAUUUUGAAUUAGUGUAGCAAAUGUUUAUUCUGUUUAUUUUCUGAGAUGAUCUUUCAAACAUUGGUUUUGAUUUGUUUUUUGCCUAAUUCAUGUCAGCAAACUG